AUGACCGAUUUCUUGACAGCCGUAUCCACCAAGAAGGUCAAGAGCCCCGAACCUCUCAUCCGGGAAGUAAGGAGUCUGGACAUACAAGAAGAUGUACUUUUUGUCAAUUCUACAGAAUCGGCCCUCGGAGCACUAAAGAACCAACCUAAUCGCAACACAGUCAAUAAAGUCCUGAGCUACCUCACCACAGAAGGAUUUAGCCUCCUACUACCGGAACCAUUGAAUGCAAGCAUCGCGCAUCAACUCAUCAACGAUACCAUCCCAAAUUACUGGAGGACCAUUAAAGGCUCGAUUGAAGUUUCGAAGCUAGAAGACAUUCUCCGAAAUCCAACAGGACUUGGUCAUCUCAAUACAAGGCUUCGUUCGCUUAUUGCAGACAGUCGCCAAAAGAAGGCACCCGGUGACGCACGGAAUACAGCUGAACACAUCGCGGAUACCCUCGAGAUAUUGAGUUCAGUACUGAACGGGGAUGAAACAUGUCACCGCGUGUUGCAAGAUGUCUUAGCAUAUGGUAAGAACUCAACGCAAAGAAAACUCAUCUGGAAGGAGUACCUCGCGCAAGUCGCGUCCGGCCGUCUACUAUCGAUCGCAGCGGAGGCUGAAGACAUACUCAAAAAGAGUGAUGGGAUUUAUCAAGAUGCUGUCUGGGUCGCAGACGGUAAAGAAUACGCGACAUGGUUAGGGCGCAACAUCGCCAUUCUACUCGAGCGCAGCUCAAGUAGCGAGGAGGGUCUCACUGCAGUUAUAGAGCUUUGCUCAAAAGCACUGAGCUUGGGUUACACUGAUCGGAUCGUAAGCUCCCUCUUUCGAGCAUUAAUUGAUAAUAGCUCGCUUGAGCGCCUCCCAAAUCUUCUGUCUCGGAUGAAAACUUUUGAGCAGCGGAAAUAUCUCAACGCAAUAGUCGUGUUGGUGACCAAAGAAUACUUCUCUGUAGAGAAUGUCCGUGUAGACGACGCCUCCAUUGCAGUGUCUUCCACCGUUUCCUCUGCUGCUGCUCUAUUUUAUACACUCAUCAAGGACAAUGACGUUCUAAAAGAGCAUCUCGUUUUGUUACUUUCGCGAUCAACAAUACCUGCGCUCGACGAGUCACUCUUGUGCCGACGAGGUGCAUUGGCAGCUCUUACAAAGGAUGACGAGAAGUUACACACUCUUCUCGAGAAUCUCAUAAAAACCUUUGGCGAUUCUGUAUACAUAAGGCAUACGCCUGUACUGCAGCAAGAAGCUCUUGCUCAGACCCUGGCACUAUGCAGUGGCUACGUAAAGCGUUCGCAGCCUAUGUUUCUCAUGAUGAUGGCAAAGUCAACAUAUCAUGUUAACGGCAUGUCGAACCGCAUAGGAGCAGCAUCUACGCGAGCUCGCUUCUUGGGUAUUGCAGUUGGUGUUGCCAUUUCCAAAAUGGUUGACAAGCCGGAACUUCAACUCAAGUUUGAAUUAGAGGGUGCCGAAGCAGAAGAAGCGAGUUGGUAUCAACGCCUUACCGAGGUCGACGAUAGAGUUGGAGACAUUACGGAUUUCAAGACAAAACGCCAUGACAUCGCACCAGCAAAGAAACUCCAGUCAAAGCCCAAGUCAACCCCUAGAAUGCCCAAAGCCCCCGCGAUCACCGAGGUGCAAGGCCCACGGGUCGUUGAAGUCAUGUCAGACUCUGAAGAUGAAGAUGCAGAUCUGAUGGUGUACGAGAAGCCAGACUCUGAUCCGGAAGACGACACAGACGACCCAACGGCUAUCAACCGCAACAAACCCACCGCGCCCGUCUAUAUCAGGGAUUUGAUCGCGGGGCUGCGAGACCAGGAAAACUACGAUCGCCAUGAACUUGCUUUAGCCACCGCAGCAUCUCUGAUUCGCCGUAAGGCGAACUUCGGAACUGAAGUAACGGAUCACCUCGAAGAAUUAGCCUCUUUGCUUACGGGGUUGCAAGACAAUUCGGAGUUAGAAGGCUUCGCACAGCAACGGCAGCAGGCACUGAUCGCCGUGCUACUUGCGAAGCCAGCACAAAUGGCGCAGUGGUUCGCUAGGUCUUUCUUCUCGGGUGAUUACAGUCUACAGCAACGCAUCGCUAUGCUUACAACUCUGGGUCUCGGGGCGCGUGAGCUAGCAGGCAUGAAGGACACCUCGACCAACGAUCUGGUACCAGCAAAGCCAGACUUCCCCAGCAAACAACUUCCGCCGCACCUCCACAAGAUUUACGCUGAGGACAACAACGCACCUACAGUAGCGAAGAUCUCAAGCAGCAUGGCGCGUGAGAUGCUGUCACCCAUCGCUAGCCAGGCAGCCGACCAGCUCAGCGGCCCUAACAUCUUGAAAGUCCGGACCUUCUCUUCGCGCAUGGAGGUUGAGAAGAAGCGACACAAGCCCAUACCGAACGCACUUGCGCAGAUCGUCGCAGACAACUUCUUCUUCCCACUCACUGGCCGCUGGUGGCUCCAAAUCCGCGCGAAUAACGACUCGAUAUAUGCGUCUACUCACCUCCUCCCUUCUUUCCUACAGACCUUGUCAUUGCUACUGAACGCGUCUGGCCCGAACACGCUCGCUUUACCGCAGAUGACGCGUGAAUACUGGGACCUGCUACUGUCGGUGCGCGGACUCGCGAGCAAGGAUAAGAACAUCCUGAACGCGGUCUUGUUCGGCUUCUUGAUGUUGCUUGAAACGAACGAAAACAAGGAGCGGGUGGCUACAGAGCAAGGUAAAGAACUUAUGGAGACACAGGCUUGGGUGAGGUCGGUAUUCGAAGAUUUAGGUACGGGAAGCGAGGAGGACGAGAGGGUACGCGUGUUGGCUGCCGGCGUCGUGGUCCGGUGUCAGGAGGUGAUUGAGAAGUACCAGAGGAGGAUGGCAGGAGCGCUGAUGGACUAUUAG